AUGUUUACCUGGGCAAUGAUCAUUCUCUUGACGGGACUCGUAGCACGGGUUGCCUCCGCCAGUGACCAGGUUCCCAUCACCGAGAACGGCGGAAGGCGGUACAACCUCACAAUGAACGCACCAAAGCGGGGAGUGGUAAAUAACAUUGGCCAGUUCGACGACAUCGAAACCGACAGUUCGGGAAUCGGGUUCGACCCAUGGACCGACCCCGACCCUCUGCACUACCGGGACGUCUACUUCCAAUCUUUCAAGGUGGUCAACGUCGCGAAGGCGUUCGAUUCCCUCCCGGACCCGGCGGACCUCCUGUGCGCCAGUUCGGCGCCAAACGCGCUCUUUUCCUCGCGCAAGCCCGGGUAUCCGUGGCCGAGGUUCAGUCUGCAUGAUCUGGGACGGCGCUACGACCCGGACGACACCGGCAAUGCCACGUUCAACGUGCGCACCGUCACCUUGAGACCGACCGGAGACGUCUCCGUCGGCGACCACGACGUCUUUGUCAGUGUCCAGCUGAACCUCAUGAGGCUGCCGACCCCCAGGUCGUCGUCGUCGUCGUCGGGGUUCCCGGGACUGUUCCGCGGGUCGCCUGACGUCCCACGAGGUAGUCGCGUCUGGAGGGCGGCGCUGUUCUUGUUCGGUGGAGGCCCGAUGCAGAGUUUCAAGAUUGACUUCGAGAGGUUCGCCAAAAUAGUGCCCGGCUUCGGUCGGGGCGUCGAUACGUUCGAGGUGUUUGCGGAUUUCUACAUAUGGGAUGACGACGGGGGACUGUGGCUGCCGCAGGGCGACUGGGAGGUUUGUGUCGACGACGUGGAACUUGAGAUGGUCAAAGGAGGAGGUCAAGAUGACCUAGGUGAUGAUGGUCGAGAAGACGACGACGAGUUGUUGUUCCUGACCGUGGACGAGCGUGGCGAGGUUGUUGCUGCUGUUGAUAAUGAUGAUCAUCAUCAUCGUCGUCAUCAAGAGAUUGGUCGACGUGUGGUGGGACGAGCUAAGUACCAGGCCCUGCAAGGAAGUAGAUAG